AUGGCAUCUGCAAAUAGUGCGCAGCGUGUUCCCGCCUGGAAGAGGCUGGGCCUUGCGUUAAAGCAGUCUGGCAAUUCCUCUGCCACUGGUGCCCCUGCAUCCGAACCUGCAUAUGGCAAUUCGGCGCUCGUUGGGCAUCCAGGUGGCUCAACUGGGCACAAAAGGAAAGGCGAAGCCCCGCCGUCAUCGCACGGCGACGGUAGCAGCCCCCUUAAAAAGGCUCGAAGGGACGAGAAGUCAACAUCAUCCAUAAUUCAGAAUGAUGCUACUCCGUCCUCCACCAACAAACCAAAGAAGUCCGUCAAGUUUGGUGAUACACCAUCCAAGAACGACGCUACCGACAAACAACAAACACCCUCCAAGAAGAACAAGCCUGACACGCCCAAGAAGAGCAAAGGCCCCGCGAAGAAGAACAAGACCCCGCCGACCACCGACGUCAAGCCUGCGCUGGAAUACCUGAGACAGUGGAACACAUCAAGGGAGAGCUGGAAAUUCAACAAGAACCACCAGUCGACCCUCAUCAAGCACAUCUUCGAACCCAACGUCAUUCCUACCUCUGACAUUGAUACCCUCGUGGAAUAUCUCUCGGACCUCAAGGGCUUCGUUCGUACCCGCCUGAGGGAGACCGCCAUGGAAGUCCAAAUGCAGGACGUGGCCGAUGGGUCGGCCGGCUUUGGUGAAGACGUUAUGGACGUUGACGACAAACAAGAGACAUAUGACGCCAUCCUCGCCGACAUCUUCCGAAGGAAGCGCGAGCAAAGCGGGAAACGUAAAUACUACAACGAGGCACAAUUCGUCAGUGACAAUCAGGAUGGAGAGGUCAUCAUGCGCCGGCUGGUGAAGCGUAUGCGAGCAGAGAUGAUCAUCGACGAGCUGUCCGAUGACGGGGAGGCAACCGACUCGACCUCGACGACUACCUCGUCAUCCAAGACCAUUACCAACAGUGACACAAACGCUACCGUCACAACGAGCAGUGAGAAGGAGCAGCAAGAAGCUCCCAAGAAGCUCGCAGAGACAACGAGUCGACGACGGAGGAAGAAGCUGCGGACUAUGCAGGAGGACAGCAGCAGCAGCGACUCCUCAUCAUCAGAGGAGGAAUCGGAUGACAACAGCAGCGAUAGCUCCUCGGAUGACUCUGAUAGCGACGAUGAGGAUGCUCGUCCCGGCGACAACGGGGAAACUUCGAGCAGCUCCUCUUCCUCGUCGUCGUCAUCGGAGAGCGAGGGCGCGGAUACAGAUUCAGAUGAUAGCGACGAGGAGCUUUGA